UUAGUGAAAGAGGCACAUUUUUUCAAAAAACGAACCGGCCAAAGCCUACUUCUCCCGCAUUCUUGGGCUCUCUCUCUCUCUCUCUCCGCCAUUAAAGAAAGCACUCACUUCGUCUACUCCGCCACACACUUUAGAUGAAAGGUACCCAUCUUUAUUGUCUCCUUCCAUCUCUGGGAAUUUCAUCUCUCUCCUCUCUCUCUCUCUCUUCCGAAAAUUCCCUUGUUCUUCUUUCGGAAAGCUCGCUCUCCUCUCUUUCUCUCUCUAGAUGUUCGCCUCACCUUCUUUACCUUCCUCUGUCGACCUCUGCUCCUCAGGCUUCCUGGGUUUUCCUCGGAGAUCUAAUCAAAUGGCAAAGAUCCAGGCAUCUCUGCAUAGCCAGGCGGAUGUUGACUCGUUUGAAAGAACCCACCAAGAAUUUGUGGAAUUAAUUAAGAAAGCCCCUGCUUUAAGAGCAGCCGCUUCGAAGAAGCUUUUAGGACUGACCCAAGAACUUAAACAGGAGAAUUUCAACAACAAUGGUACUGGGUUAGAUCCAUUUGAAGAAAUGAGGUGUCGGUUUCUGACCUUCAAAAACGAGCAAUUCCUGAAGAACUCAGAACGUUUUGAAAGCCUUGCAGAGGCUCAAGUUCCGAAGUUCAUGGUGAUCGCAUGUGCAGACUCUAGAGUUUGCCCCUCCACUAUUCUGGGUUUUCAACCAGGCGACGCUUUUACCAUUCGAAAUAUUGCGAAUUUGGUUCCACCUUUUGAGAAUGGCCUUUCUGAAACCAGUGCAGCUCUUGAAUUUGCAGUAAAUUUCCUUGAGGUGGAAAACAUAUUUAUCAUUGGGCAUAGUUGUUGCGGUGGAAUUAAAGCUCUCAUGUCAAUGGAAGAAGAAUGCAAUUCAAGCUUCAUUGAAGGUUGGGUGGCCAUAGGAAAGCCCGCAAAAUCUUGUAUAAAAGCUACUGCAGUAAAUCUUAGCUUCGAUCAGCAGUGCAAGCAUUGCGAGAAGGAGUCGGUAAACAAGUCGAUGUUGAAUCUGUUGACGUAUCCAUGGAUAGAGAAACGAGUAAGCCAAGGGAAACUCAGGAUUCAUGGAGGUUACUAUGACUUUGUAGAUUGUACCUUUGAGAAGUGGUGUCUCCAGUACAAAGCAAGUGGAGAGGAAGGAAACCAUGGCUCAAUGAGGGAUCACUUGUAUUGGUGUUGAUCUCGGUUUAUUGAGAUUGCAAAGUUUAAUCUUGUGCACAUUAACCACCCCUCCAUUAUGGCUGUUGAGUCCCUCUCUUUUUUUUUCAACUUUUAUUUGUGAUGUUUCCACUAUAAUAAGGUACUUUUUUUCUCUUCUUUUUUUGAAUGUAAGAUCUUCAUCUAUUUAUGUGAAGAUUUAAUGUAAGAUCUUAAUCUAUAUAUGUGAAGAUUUAUGUUUGCUUAUGUAAAUGAAAACAUUUACGGGCC